UACCAACUUACAACAAUUUCUAUGUAUGCACCCAGUCUGUUCCAUAUAGACUUGUAUAGUCUAUGGAAUGGUGUUUCUAGUCAUCCAACACUUAUACCAAACGAAUCCAAUGAAUCAAAAUCAAAUGCUGAACCACAAACAAGAUCUACCAACAACGGUGUUACGACAUCAGAUCAACGCAAACAUAUAAACAACUUGUUUGCACCACCAUUAUCAGCUUAUUCUGCAAACUAUCCUGGAGCUUGCCUGUUCCAAUUAGAGUAUACUAUGAGGAGAGGCACACAACACAAUUCCAAAAUGUUUUCCAUAACUCCUUCCACACAGGCUAAUAUCGAACAAUUGGAUGUUAUUAGGAACUAUGGAUACAAUACGAUACGACCUAUUGGGAUAAACAAAACCAUGGAAGAAAUCGAAUUUGAAAACUCUGGUCAAUUCACUGUAACUGAUGAACAACUGUAUGGGGCAGGUGUCAAUAAUACUGGCGCUGAAAAUUCCGGUGAUCAACAAGACCAACAAGAUAACAGUAAUAAUACCUUGUUAUUGGGCUCUAAUUUAAAUGCAAGUGGAUUGACCUUUCAGCUUGGUGAUGAACUGCGUGAAGUUGAUUUGGAUGCCCAGAUUUUAAAUGCUGAUGACCUUUAUUCUGGUGCAGAAGAUGAAGAUGACGAUGUUGAUUCUGAAGCAGAUACGGGAUUUAGAACUAACUUGGUUGAUGAAGGGUUUAUGGCAUCUGAAGUUGAAUAUCAGGAUGAUCACAGUUUAAAUUCAGAAAUAAAUUCUACCUAUGUGGUAAACAGCGGUGGCUCAAGUUCGUUAUUUAAUUCUAAUAAUGCUAGUGGGCGCACUAUACCUACUAAUCCUACAACUGCUAGUGCACCUGGUAUAAAUAAUAGCUACUACAUGCAGAGAAUUCAUGAAGAAGGCCAUAAUGAAAACGAUCCAGAUUAUUCCGAAUUGGAUAUGGUAGUUGAUGAAAACUAAGCAUUUGAUUGAUGUAUUGGUGCAUGCAAAUUCUUACUAAUACAAUCAGUUUUUGCUUGUUGUAAAUGUAUGGCUGGAAUCAUCCAUUUCCCGCAAGAACAUCUAGAGCCUCGCCAGCUAUAUCCACCAACUUUAGAAGUACAUUUAGGACAUUGGAAUUUCCCUUCAAUUUCUGAUUUGUCAAGUUCUUCCUUCAUCCAUUUCAAUGGAUCCUUCAUGAAAUAAUGGGAACAUUUAUCACUGGCUUCUUCAAUUGAAAUCACUCUUCUUGAGUUUGGUGCGGUUUUGACAAAUUGGGACUGACGAGAUUCAGCUACGGGUAUUUCAUGUUGUUCUAUAUGGGUGUUAUUGGCAAGAACUUGACGACAUCUUUUGCAUCUGAGUUCAUAAACCACUUCCGUUUCUUGUGGAGCGGUAGAUUCACUGCGUUUACUCAUUAAUUCACGUAAUGAUUGUCCUGAAGGGUCGAGCUUCAAAUUCAAAUCUACCAAGAACUGUCUAUAUUCAUCGUUAUCUUCAUCAACUACGCAUCCCAUAUCCUUGUAUAAUUUCAAUUGAGACACGAAUCCUUCAUUUGGUCCAACAUCGGGACAUUUCCUCUUGACAGCAUGUAAUGAUUGUUGCACAUUAAGCUUGUAUUUUUUCAUUAAAUAUGACAUGACUAUGGCAACAGAUCUAGAAACUCCUUGAGAACAAUGAAUCAAGAUAUUAUCUGAAUGUUUCUUAGGAUCAGUUGAUUCCAGAAACAAUGCUUCAUCUAUAAAUUUAUAACAUGGCUCCAAAUAUGGGAACAAAUUCGUGGUUUCUUCAUCGGUUAUUUCAAUUUGUUUCCAAUGAUAUUCACUGGUGUAUGCAGCAGGAAUCGGUCCUGGAAUGACGGAUAAUAUGUGGUGAAUUCCAUAAUCUCGUUUUAAGUUGACUCCACUAUUCAAUGGUUCUAUUGAUGAGAGGUAUAUCCCUCCUAAUAUUCUAUAUACCAGCAUGUUGUUGUGAUGUACACAGUUGAUCAAAACUUGGUUUCGAUAUCUCUUCGCAAAAGAUUUUUAUGUGCGGCUGGAAUUUUGUAUACAGGAAUUUUUUUCAGAUAUUAUAAAGAUUAAAUUAUACAUACAAUUAUAAACUAUUUAGUUAAAAAUCUCUUCAUGUUUCUCAAAUUCUCCUUGGCAAUUUCCAUUGAAGGCUUUUCAAAAAUAUCAUCAAUUUCUUCCAAAGUCUUACCCUUGGUUUCCGGCAUAAAGAAUAUUUGAUAGAAGAAACCGAGAAAUGCAAUACCUCCAUAAAACCCAAUGGUCAACCCGGUAUAAGUCAUAGCCGAUUUCAUUCUGUUGAAAUUAUAAGUCACAGUAAAUGCCCACAAGUACAAGAAUGAAGAACAGAUAGUCAUACCAAUAGAUCUGGUACCAAUAGAGAAAGAUUCGGCUGGUAACACCCAGGUCAAACAUGCGUAAGCACCAAAGAAUCCCAUAUAAAGAAUUAAACCAGUCAAGUAAACACCUAAGGCUGCUGCUCUUUGGGUUUCUAAUGGGAUUAAAUAACCCACACCAACGAGAACUAACCCAAUGGUGAACCCCACAAGAUUCAUACCCCAUACUCUACGACCAAAUCUGUCCAUGUACAAAAUUGCAGGAAUGGUACCGAGCCAUAAUGCUCCACCACCAACUAAAGACAUAAACACGGCGUUUUCUUCGGAGAAUCCAAUAUUGGCCAUCAUCGUAGAUAAAUAAUACAUGACGGCAUUGAUACCAGUUAAUUGACCCAAGGACACCAUGAUAACUGCAUAGAACAAAGCACGACGAUUUCUUGGAAUGGUGAAUAAAUCAAGCCAGACUUGAACACGACUUUGACUAGCACGUAGUUUACGUUCAGCUUGUGCGUUUUUAAUCAUUUCCAAAAAUUCGACUUUACUUGUUCUUUCGGAAAUGUCACGUAAUCUGUCAUAAACAUUGAUGGCUUCGGCGUAUUUGUUGUUGUAUACCAAGUAACGUGGUGAUUCGGGAAGGAAUAAAAGACCAAUCAACAAGAUUGUUGAAAAUAAUAAUGAUGAACCAACCAUGAAUCUCCAACCACCAUGAACAGUAAAGAAGAUGGCAGCAAUAGCGAACCCAAGGACUUCUCCAAAAGCAAUAAAAAAUUGAUAAAGAGAAACCAAAUUACCUCUUUGCGUGGGAGGAACACACUCAGCAAUAUAAACCCCAACGGACCCACCUUCGAUACCAACACCCAAACCCAAGAUAAAUCUACCUGCAUACAUAGUUUCAUGAUCAGGAGCAGCGGCACAAAUAAUAGCACCGAUGGUAUACAAAAUACAAGAAAUAAGGAUAGCUCUUUUUCUUCCGAAAUGUUCACUUAAUGGGGUCAUAAGUAUAGAUCCAGCAACAGCACCAAGGGGCAUUAAACUUGAUAUCAAAGAAUUUUCAUGGUCUGACAAUUGCAAAGCCUUAUUCAUACCAAUGGAAGCACCUGAAAUAAUGGAUUGAUCCACCCCAGAUAAGAUACCAGCAAAUGAAGUAAAGAUACCUAGGAAUCGAACCAUAUUAUUUCUGUUCUUAAAUGUGACGGGGAACUCUACAUUCUUAAGAUUAGUCCAGAAAGUACCACCACUUUUUAACUCAUGACCUAAUUGAACAUAGUCACCGAAUUCUUUAUCAACAUCAAUAUCUUCACCAAGUUCGACUGAUUCGACUGAAGCGGAAUAGUUUUCAGUUUUCUCGACAGUAGGUUUAUCGAAUUCACUAGUUGGGCUAAUUGUACCUGACAUGUUGCCUUGAAGAAUCAAACAAGAACCUCAGAUGGGGAGGGGGAAUCUGCCUGCUAUUUAUACGCGUUUUUACAGGACAAGGUCGAAGCAAAAGUAAGUGCAUAUACUAUUGUGAUCAGUGUGAUUGUCCUUACGCAAAACCACAAUACUUUUGUGGGGGAAUGUACAUAACCUAUUUGUCAUGCAGGCGGCGGAUUUUCCUAAUCCAUUAAUCCAGGCUUACCUAAUUCAUUAAUCAUUAUGCAAUUAUAAGACGAUUGUAAAAGUGCAUUAUAGUUGAUGCAAAUUUUUAAGAAAUAAUGC